AUGGACAAGUGGACAGAUAGGAGAGGUCGUGUAUUUAUAAAUAUCCUAGUUAAUUGUUCACUAGGAUCGUAUUUCCUCCAGUCGGUAGAUGUUAGCACGGAUACGGUGGAUGCUAAGAAAAUGCUUGAGCUCUUUGAAACUUUUGUCAAUCAAGUGGGGAAGGACAAAGUUGUGCAAGUUAUAUCUGACAAUGCUUCAGAGAAUGUGAGAGCUGGCAAUGAUUUAAUGGAGUUGUACCCGACAUUGUACUGGACGCCCUGCGCUGUCCAUUGCAUCAAUUUAAUGUUUAAAGACAUCUUUGAGAUUCGUCAUUUUUCAAUGGCGUACAAGCGGGCUUUGAAAUUGUCAGUGUAUAUCCAUUCGAAGACAAAGCUUUUGAAUUGGUUGAGGAAGUAUACUGGGAAGCGUGACUUGGUCAAGUUUGCUAAGACUCGAUUUGCUACAGCAUUCUUGACAUUCAAGAGGCUUCACGAGCAGAAAAACAAUUUGAGAAAAUUGUUCAACUCAGAAGAAUUCCUCACUAGCUCUUACUUCAAAGAAGAGGCAGGAAAAGAGUGUUCUAGAAUUGUGCAAAUGCCAAACUUUUGGAAUACAAUUCUAGAAGCACUUAAAAUAGGCGGUCCAUUGAUUAGCACUCUUCGAUUAGUUGAUGGGGAUGUUAAGCCAUCAAUGGGCUAUAUUUAUCCUACGAUGGAGAUCACAAAGAAAGCAAUUGAAAAAGCUUUCGACAACACAAGCAAGGGUGAGCAAAAGGUUUCUCCUUCAAUUCAUUCGCCAGAAGUUGUUGCUGGCUUUUAUUCUUGUUUGGAGAGGUUGGUUCCAGAUCUAGAUCUGCAGGAAAAAAUUACCGAGGAAGUAUCUAUGUGGGAAGUUGGCGAGGGUUUAUUUGGCUUGCCAGUUGCCAAGAAGCAACGUGGUUCUAGAACUCCAGUUAAUUGGUGGACUUCUUUUGGGGGUUCAACUCCCAAUUUAAAAGAAUUCGCAAUUAAGCUUCUUAGUCUCACAACUAGUGCGUCUGGAUGUGAACGGAACUGGAGUGUCUUUGAGCAUUAUAAUAGGGCAUUGAGGCGACGAUGGGAAAUGCGGGAUACCAUUGAUCCAAUUUGUUUGGAUCAAAUUGAUUUUGCCAAUGAAUGGUUGACAGGUGCAAAUGAAACUCUUUAUUCUCUUAGGCAUGCUUCAAAAGGAAAAGAAAAGGUUGGGAGUUCAACUUCAAGGUCUAAGGGAAAAGAAAAGGAAAAUGAAGAUGAAGAUGAGGAAGAAGCAUGUGAGGAAGAUGGAGUUAUGGAAUUUGACAAUUUGGAUUUGUGUGAAGAAGAAGAUGAGUUUGAUCUGGAGGAUUGA